GGAUCUGUUUCUAUCCCUUUUCCCAUCAAGCUAUUCAGAGGCAGACCUGAAAUGUAAAAACAAACAGCAGUCAGUACCGGUAGCAUAAGAUAGAAAUUUGACCGUGGCAUCACCGGCCCCUUUCCUAGAGGCUGACUUCCUGGCCUCUUCAAUGGUCCCCUCCAAGUCCAAGAUCCUAUUAUUCCAAAGGCAGAUCCCAAAUAAGCAAGAUCCUAACAGUAAGAGCAAUUUGAAAGUGGAGCCAGAGGCCUGCAGUUCCUUGGCUGGACAUGUUGGCUGCACAGCCAUCAAUCUGGGGAUGCCUUAACCUUGGAUGCAGCCUGGAGCAGGGGAGCCCAGGAAAAAGUGCAGCUCCCUUAAGGAGUCCCGCAUUGGACCUGAAGCACCUUUGCCCACUUGCGAUCCAAAUAUGGGCACCACUCAGUCCACCUACAGAGAACAAUCCUCUUUUCUCUGAAUUAGCAGCACCGCAUCAUGCGAGAAGUAUAUGUUCAAGAACCCAUUGCAAACUCAUAAUCUGUUUGUUAGCUUCGGGCUUGGUGCAAGAUCAAGCCCAUUCCAAGGAAGAAACCCUAGUUUACCAACCAAAGAGGAGGCAAUUGCAGAUUACACUACGCUAACAAAACAAACAUAAAAGACGCUCUGGUUUAGCACACAGCUAGUGCCAUCAAGCCUCAAUCUUCUGCGAACCUAGCAAGUUUCCUUAUGCCACAAGCAGCACAUAAACAUGCUAGCCCCUUGUCCGCAAAUAAGGUGUCCGGUCCUAGAUAAUCAUUGCUCCUCCGGCCAAACAUGGCUGAGCCCACUGAGUUGGAGCUGUACCAUUGCACAAGGUGAGUGGUUAUCGUUACAUAGUGUCUUUAAAUUGUUCCACGCUAAGGUUGCCAAAGGCCGCGUAUACCACCCCCAUUAUAGGCAAGAAGGCACCGAGACACAGCUUGCCACAGUCACCUUCUCAGUGCCAUCCCCCUCUUCAACUCCUCUAUAUUAGCGGAUUUUAGGGUUACCAACUUUACUAUAUGAAGAAAGAGAGUGUGCAUUGCAUACUGUGGUACACAGAAUCUAGUUACUUGUGUUUUUCUGCAACAGCGAAAGGGCAGAUGGCCCCUUCGUUCAGUUCUUGUUCUGUUGGCCAUUUCCACCAAACCCAAAGUUUCCACCCAAAAGUUUCUGCCCUUCAGAAAUCCCUACCUAUGGCAUGAAAUCAAAAGAUUUGAAGAGAGAGAUAAGCGAACACUGGUUUAGGCUGCCCCUAAACUGCCUAAACCAGUGUUCACUUAUCUCUCUCUUCAAAAUCUCUCCAGCAAACAAACCCCAAGAGGCCGAUUCAAGGUGGGAGCUCAUGGCCAGCAGACCUCUCUUUAUAUCCCUAUUGGCCAUGCCCCUCCUCCCUGCACCAAUCAGGGGGCAGCCCUGGCCACGCCCUCUGCUGGAGAAUUGCCCCCCAUAAGCCUCCUGGGUGGGAAUUACGGUGCCCCCAACCUGGGUGGGAGGAUUCUCUGGAAGUUUGGGGUAGUCCCGCGGCAUCCUAAGAUAUGUGGGGUUCCUGAAAACGUUAACACCGCAGAAGCACACAAGCUUUUGUUUAUUGUUUUCAUCUUAAUUAGUGGGCAGAGGGCGGCUUGGCAUUAAAAUAUCCCGUUUGCCUUCGCAAGCUAAGCCUAGUCCUUCUGGCGACCGGUCAAGGAAGCUUUAUUGUACCAUAAAUUGGUUAUUAAUAAUAAUCAUAAUAUUCAUUACGAGCCUCUACUAAGCCAUUGCACAGAUCAAAAGAAAAGCAUGAUUAUUACGAAAUUCCAACCCAUCAUAUUAGUUCACAAGUUAAUCAUCAACCAGUAAAACCAAUAUUUAGGACCAAAACAAAUCAAACACGUCUUCUUACUAGUCUUCAAGGUGCCUUCGGACUUUGUGAUGUGUUUAUUUUGACAUGUCUCUGGGUUGCCUUUGGGGACAGUAAAAGCACAGUUAUGCAGCUCUGAGAAAACAAGUAGCUCAGCCCUGUGCCCCUUCCACGGACCUGGAGCUGAGGGAUCGUGAUUUUUCUGUGUGACAGAAGCGGGGUGAAGCGCGAUCAGACGUGCUUUCCCAGCCUUCCUGCGGGCACUUAUGCUCGGAGUAAAGCUGUUCCCUCCCUCCCCUCCCCUCCCCUCCCCUCCCCUACAAGAGAAAAGAGGUUGCAAAGGAAGGAGAAGGUCUACAAAGUGGCCCUCCAGCUCAAAGGUCCCCUGACGAGGCAGGCAAGGAAGACACACCAGGCAGGGAGCAGAGGGUGGGACCCCAGCACCUGUUCCUUCAACGGGGUCCUGCUGGAGAUGGCUCUCCAUUCGUUCGGAGGAAGGCUCUGGAGGGCCCACCUGAGUCCUCCAGCUUCCAUGGAGCUUCCUAGAUGAGGCCCCUCAACUUCUCACCUUGACUGGAAGCUCCUUCUCCCCCAAUUGCAAGAAGAUGGCUGCUGUGGGGUGCUUGUAUGCCUUCUCUCCACGAACCUUCCUUCUCUCGCUUUCUCUCCCCCAUUUUUGCUCUCCCUCCCUCCUAACGCACUUUGUGAACUGCUGUCGCAAUGCCGAAGUCCAAAGUUCAGUUACUUGCCUAAGCACACAGAUAAAUAUGAACCUUGGAGAAUUUGCAUUGCUCCAAUGUAAACAGAGAGGCGAGGGUCCCUUUAUCAGUGCUGGCUCAGGACAGUUGUGGGGGGUCUGAGGCAGCUAAUUUUUUUUUUUUUGGUCUUGGGGAAAUUUGGGGGGGUUGCAGAGAGAAGAUCUGCGGCCAUUUCUACUCUGCUGACGGCUGGACGUGUGACUUCAGAAACAUGAUGUAGCCCCAGAAAGGAGCUUUGUAGCCAAAGGUGUUGAAAGCGCAGGUCCUAGAAGAGGAGGAAAGUCGGGACCAUGGUCUCCAAACUGACGCACCUUCAGGUGGAACUGCUGGCAGCCCUGCUGGAAUCUGGGCUAAGCAAGGAGACCUUGAUCAAAGCCCUGGCGGAGUCGGAUCCCCACCACGGGGAGAGCCAGCAGCCCGCCGGAGCCCUCCAGGCAGAGAAGGGGGACCCUUGCCCCGAAAUCUCGUGCCUCCCCAAUGGAAUGGGGGAGUCAAGGAUGUCGGAAGAGGAAACCUCUGAUGAUGGGGAAGACUUCACUCCUCCGAUCAUGAAGGAACUGGAAAACCUGAGUCCAGAAGAAGCUGCUCACCAGAAAGCCGUGGUGGACAGAUUAUUACAGGAGGAUCCCUGGAGGGUGGCAAAGAUGGUGAAGUCCUACCUCCAGCAGCACAACAUCCCCCAGCGGGAGGUGGUGGACACGACGGGCUUGAACCAGUCCCACCUCUCCCAGCAUCUCAACAAGGGCACGCCCAUGAAGACCCAGAAGAGAGCGGCCCUGUACACUUGGUACGUUCGCAAGCAGCGAGAGGUGGCCCAGCAAUUCACCCAUGCUGGCCAGGGUCUCAUGGUGGAGGACCCUGUGGGAGACGACCUUCCGGCCAAGAAGGGCAGAAGGAACCGCUUCAAGUGGGGCCCAGCGUCACAGCAAAUCCUCUUUCAAGCCUAUGAGAGGCAGAAGAACCCUAGCAAGGAAGAACGGGAGGCUCUAGUAGAGGAGUGCAACAGGGCAGAGUGCCUUCAGCGCGGCGUCUCUCCGUCCCAGGCCCAAGGGCUGGGCUCCAACCUGGUGACCGAGGUGAGGGUUUACAACUGGUUCGCCAACCGCCGGAAAGAGGAGGCCUUCCGGCACAAGCUUGCCAUGGACAGCUACAACAGCCCCCAGGCCGGCUCCGUCCCCACCUUGACCUCUCACGGCUCCUCCUCCCUCCAGCCAGCGGCAGCUCUCUCCCCAGGCAAAGACCAUGAGCCGUCUCCCCUCCAGCAGCAGCAGCAGCAGCAGCAGCAGCAGCAAGGUCUCUCCUUCUCAGACCCGGGCAUGAGGUACAGCCAGCAGCCAGUCAGCGAGACCGAGACCUCCAACAGCAGCCAGCACAAUCCCAUUGCGACCACCCAGACCAUCCUGCACCAAGCCUCCUCCCCAAGCCUCUGCUCCACCGGAUCUGGCUCAGGGCCAGACACCAAGCUGAUCUCUGCUUCAGGGGGCUCGCUCCCGCCCGUCAGUACCCUGACGGCGCUGCACAGCCUGGAGCAAAACCCACAUGCUCUAAGCCAUCAAACGCAGAACCUCAUCAUGGCCUCGCUCCCAGGGGUCAUGGCCAUUGGCCCCGGAGACACGCCUUCACUCGCGCCGACAUUCACCAACACGGGGGCCUCCACCCUAGUCAUUGGUCUCGCUUCUACCCAAGCACAGAGUGUGCCUGUGAUCAACAACAUGGGGAGCAGCCUCACUACCCUCCAGCCCGUGCAGUUCUCCCAGCAGCUGCACCCGUCCUACCAGCAACCAAUUAUGCAGCAAGUCCAGGGCCACCUCAACCAGAGCCCCUUCAUGGCCACCAUGGCCCAGAUCCAAGCUCCUCAUGCUCUCUAUAGCCACAAGCCAGAGGUGACUCAAUAUGCCCACACCAGUCUUCUGCCCCAGACCAUGGUGAUAACAGACACGGCAAACCUCAGCACCUUGGCCAGCCUGACGCCAACCAAACAGAUCUUCACAUCCGACUCGGACACCCACACGGAAUCUGGGAUCCCCACGCCACCCGGCCAGUCCUCAGUCCACUUGCAGGGCCAGGAAGGCUCCAUUCAGCAGCACCUUCAGUCGGGCGCCCGCCUGACCUCCAGCCCUGCUGCAGCCUCCUCCGGCAGCUUGGUGCUUUACCAGAGCUCCGAUUCCACCAACGGCCACUUGCUGCCCUCCGCCCAUGGCGUGAUAGAGACCUUCAUCUCCACCCAAAUGGCUUCUUCCACGCAAUAACCGGCUGGCCACUGGACAAUCAGCAGCCACUGCCUGAAGCACGAGGGGCCUCUCCCACGCCCGCUCCCGGGAGGGAAGGCCAGUCCGUGCCCACGGCCGCCGCCUCCGCCAUUACCGGCACGCUCCUUUCCCCCCCGCACUGUAAUUUCAGAGCUCCAAGCAAAAAUAUGCGCCAAGCAACAGAAAGGAAGAGCUGGAGUUUGCACUGCUGAGAACAGCUGGAAAAAGUAGACAGGAAAGGCUUUCAGCGGACAACGUUCUUUGACCUGAGGCUGAGCUGUCCUCAGAGGAAGGCUGCCGAGGGACGCGUGGUGGCACAGCAGAAGUGGGGGGCCCCUUCUCCCCUUCACAUGGGCCCCCAGAGCAAGUCUUGGAGGAGGGGAGAGCAGAGGUGCCCAUAGGCCAAGGAACAAAGAAAAGGAAGCAUUCAUCCUCUCAUAAGGGGUGUAGAACAGGGCCCAGACCUAGGGUGCUGAACCCUGGGAAAACGUGUGGCCAUUGCUGUCCAACCAGAUUCCAGUUAGCUAUGGCUGCAGUGAGCUCCCGGAUGGCUCUCAGCCCACAAGCAGCACCUCAGUCCCGGCCCUGGGUGGAAACUGCAAGGAGAGCGGCCACAAUGCAAGAGGUCUGAACCAGGCAGGUGAUACGUCUCAGAUCUUCUGCAUGCUUGCACGCUGGUGCAAGGAACUAGGAGACUCGGCUCUUGCAGCAAUCAAGCGUGACAGCUGCAUCCUGCCACCAAACCAUCUUAGACAGAAUACAGAGGAACUAUUUUCAAAUUUAAAUGAAAAGAUGCACUCUUAAUAGACAUAAGGGUCUAGCUAAGUAAAACAUGGACGCUGAGUUCAAAUGCAGAAGGUACUGGAAUCUAAGAGACUCAUCUCCCGUUUUAGAAAUAAAGAAACCAAAUAGCCUGCCCUCAUAAUGUUAGUGAAAACAACAGUAAAUCCCACAUCCAAAAAAGGACGAGCAUCAUUUCUACAAAUCGCCUAGGAACCAGGGGCCUUUGUUGCUGCUGCCUCAAGCCAAAGAAUGCGAUCCGAGACAACCUGCAUCCUGUCAGCUCUUCUCCACCGGCAUCGGAUGUGUCUCAACCCUCCUUUCCUGGAUUCAGACACCCCCAAGUGCUAGGUUAGUUAUGUAACACAGCCUCUGACUGGGCAUAACCUGAACCAGUGGCAGAAACAGGAAUUUCAGGAAUUAUUUUUGAAGGACAACGUAUUAGCUGCUUUAUUCAAAAAAAUAUUUUUGAAGGACAAAGUAUUAGCUGCUUGCUUUUUUCCACUGAUUGCUCAUCUUGAAAACAGACAUUGGAGACACCUGAGCAGUGGCCAGAGGCAGCACGAAGGCCAUGUACGCCUGCCCUCAAAAGCAGCAACUUAGACAUGGCCAAUGAUGCCACUUCUCAAAACCCAAAAUUCAAAUUUUCUUCACAGUGAAUGUUUGGGGGUCUGCUAGCUUUACUCUUGGCCUCAGUGGAGAUCAGUUUCUCCAAACAAAACAGGGAAAGCCAAGACCUCUCUGUUGCUAGGAGAGCCACAAAUUGUUCGCAUUUAAGGAGCUGGAAGCAAAAGCCAGAGGGAAAAAUACUGGCCAAGCCUGAGCGAAAAGGAAAAUGAGAAAUUAACUAGGCAUAAGAAGAGUUAGUCUACCCAUCACGCUGUUGUCCCUGCUUAUUUUAGGGUCAAAUAAUUUUUUUACUGGGCUUUUGAAUCUCGUAAAUCCGCAGCAAAGCUAUUCCAUCUGGCUAUCUCAAGCUCCAGGGCUGCCCUUAGGCCCCAGAGUACUCUGGAGAUUCAACUCUUAGAAUCAAGUGCCUCUUCAGCUCUGUCUUGUAAAUAUAUUUAAUUUUUGGUCAAUCAAACAGGGGAGAUGUUGUAUCUACAAUAUUGUUAUGUGUAUUGGCUGUUUAUAAAAUAAGCAUCUCACAGAAACCAGAGCCAUGUGUCUGGAGGGGGGAUGUGCAAAAGCAGAGUCAUGUUAUUAUUCAGAUAGACAAGGUCGGAAAGCAGAGAAGUUGCUGCUGCUGCUCCUGAAAAGGCAGCCCACAAAGGUGGUCAUCCGUGCCACACCGGUCAUACCUGCCACGUCCUGCAGCUCCGAGAGCCACUUAGCUUGUCUGAGAAAGCGACAGCCACAGGGGCCCACCUUGAUGGGAUGCAAGGAACGCCAGCCCGCUCUUCCUCCAGGAUUUGUAACGGCUACCCCAGAAGCCAAGCAGCCCUCCUGAUCUAUCCCACCCCACAAGCUGCCCAGAAAGCAGAGUCUGU